GUAGCGCGGCGGGGCAUGUCGCUGCUGCGGGCGGCGCUGCCGGGCCCGGGCCGCCUGCGGGGCGCCGGGAUCCCAUGGAGCAUCCUCCGGAGCUACUCCUCUGCCAGCGCCAAGAAGGCAAAGAGAAACGUUCCCUGUGAGAGGACCGAGCUGCUGCAAGUGCUGAAAGCUCGGGUGAAGCAGCUCCAAGCCACCAAUGGUCCAGAGGUGACGGUCAGCAAAGUGGAGCUGGCCCUGCUGGGUGAUGCCAAGUGCCAGGACCCGCUGCAGGAGGUGGUGGCUCCCAAGGAAGGAGGGGAGAGCCUGGCCAGGACCAGCAGCUGGGUUGAGAAGCUGAAGAAGGAGGCGCGCAUCCAGCAGCUGAAGGUGGAGCAGGUGUUGCCUGUCGCUGCCUCCAAGGUGGCUCUGGAGACUGAGGUCAAGGACAAAGCCCAGGGCAAGGUGAAAGGCAAAGGUAAAGGCAAGAAGAGCCUGAAGACCCCAAAGACUAAAGCGGUUGCAGGUUGGAGCCAGGGCCAUGCUGGCUCUCACGGUGUCCAUGCCCAUGGGAAGCCCGCGGUGGCAGCAGGGAAGGAGGCUGUGAAGGUGCCAGGCCAGAGGGUGCUGGAUGACAAGGAGAGCAGCCAGGUCAAGAUCCUGCAGCAGACCAUCCAGUCCAACCUGGAGUGCUUCCUGUUCCUGCAGCAGCCAGAGGAAGCAGAGAGGCUCCUCCUCAUGUACCACAGGUCCCGGUCAAAGAGAAAGGUGUUGAAUGUCAGCGCGUACAACAUCGUGAUGCGGAGCUGGGCAAGAAAGGGCUGUCUGCAGCGCAUCAACUCCCUGUUUUCCAUGCUGGAAUCUGCUGGGCUCCGGCCCAACCUGGAUUCCUACGCAGCAGCACUGGAGUGCAUGGGUCGGAACCCCUUCUGCGUCAAAGCCGUCUGGAGGUGCAUGCAGCAGCUGCAGCACGAUGGCUUCCAUGUGGAUGAGCUCUUCCAGAAGUGCCUGUUUGAGGAGGAUGAGAAGGAGAAGGUGCUGAAGGCCGUCAGGAUGGUCCAACCCAACUACCAGCUGCCCCCUGCACCCAGCCCAGAGACCUGCAAGUCUUCUCUGCUCCAGGACUUCUACUCCAGGGAGAAGAUGGUGCCGUACCCCAAGCUGGAUUUCUCUGUGCAGGAGCUGCAGGAGUGCUUUCAGAAGCAGCUGGAGCUGGAGAUGAACAACACCAUAACCAUCGAGUCGGUGGAGUCAAGCAAACCUCUGACCCCACAAGCCAUUAAAGCGCGCAAGCUCCUGGCCACCCUCCGUUCCCAGUGGCACGACUCCAUCCUCCAGGCCCUGCAGAAGUCAAAGCACAACAUGGCCAAGCUCAAGACAGCAUCGAGGUACAACGUGCUGUACCCCUACCUGUGCCUGCUGCCGGAGGAGGAGUACGUGGGCAUCAUGCUCCAGAUGCUCAACACCCUGUCUCCACAAGGAGAAUCCCUGGCUGUCUUGGCCAAGGAGCUGGGCUCCAAAGUCUACGACAGAUACAUCACCCGGAGGAAGCUGUGCAGUGGUCAGCUGGAGAAGAUGCGGGUGGUCUAUGAGGGCUACAUCCAGCUGCUGGCAAAGGACGGCCAGCCUGCCAAGUACUUGCCACGGGAAUACUGGGAGAAGCUGGUGGCAGAAACAGGCUUUGGGCCUUCCCUGAGCCUGAAGGACAGCAGCUGGUCCUAUGUGCUCCUCAUGCGCCUGGGCAUGCACAUGCUGGAGCUGCUGGUGCAGGCUGUCAAGAUGCCCAGGAACAUCCUGAGCCCUCGCCUGGAGCCCAGGCUCAUCCCUGCCCUCUACCACAUCUACUCCUUCCGCAGCAGUUGUCAGGUUGGGCUGAUAAAGCCCCAUCCCAUCUUCUGUCAGAUCAUGUCCGACGCUGCAGAGACCAUGCUGACUUUUAACUCCUCCGCCAUCCCCAUGCUGUGCCCCCCAGUGCCUUGGACCUCCCCCCAUUUUGGGGCCUUUUUCCUCAACGACACCAACCUGAUGCGCUUUGUGGACGGGGCCAUCCAGCACCAGCUGCUCCUGGAGCAGUGUCCUCUGGUGAACCUCCACCCCGUGCUGGAUGCCCUCAACCAGCUGGGCAACUGCGCCUGGAAGAUCAACCAGCCCGUGUUGGAUAUCAUCAUCUCCAUCUUCAACGACAAAGGCAACGAGAAGCUGGACAUCCCCCCGCCCCUCUCCGAGGCCCCCAAGCCUCCCGCUGCUCCCAGCAAUCCCUCUGCCUUGGACAAGGCCCAGAAGCACGAGCUGUUGCUGUGCAAGAAGAAGGCAGCCGAAAUGCACAGCUUGCGCAUGGACGCGCUCUACAAGCUCUCCAUCGCCAACUACGUCAGGGACAGGGUGUUCUGGUUUCCUCACAACAUGGACUUCCGAGGCAGGACUUACCCUUGCCCACCUUAUUUCAACCACCUCGGGAACGAUGUCAUCCGGGCCAUCCUGCUCUUUGCAGAGGGAAGACCCCUAGGGCCCAAGGGUCUGGACUGGCUUAAGAUUCACCUCAUCAACCUCACGGGGCUGAAGAAGAAGAACCCUUUGCAGGAGCGCCUGGAGUACGCCAAUGAGAUCAUGGAGGAGAUCCUGGACUCGGCUGACCACCCGCUCACGGGCAGGAAGUGGUGGAUGAACACGGAUGAGCCCUGGCAAGCCUUGGCCUGCUGUAUGGAAAUCGCCAAAGCCUCGAGGUCCCCGGAUCCCGCAGCCUACAUCUCCCACUUCCCAAUUCACCAGGAUGGCUCCUGCAAUGGGCUCCAGCACUACGCAGCUCUUGGCCGGGACCUUAUUGGUGCCAUCUCGGUCAAUCUGAUGCCCUGCGAUGCGCCCCAGGAUGUCUACAGCGCGGUGGCCCAGCAGGUGGAGGAGUUCCGGAGGAAGGAUGCUGAGCAUGGGGUGAAGAUCGCUCAGGUGCUGCAGGGCUUCAUCAGCCGUAAGGUGGUGAAGCAGACCGUGAUGACCGUGGUCUAUGGGGUCACCCGCUACGGCGGCCGCCUGCAGAUGGAGAAGAGGCUCAAGGAGAUCGAUGACUUCCCCGAGGAGUACUUGUGGGAAGCGUCUCACUACCUCGUAAGGCAAGUGUUCAACAGCAUCAAGGAGAUGUUCUCAGCGACUCGAGAUAUCCAGAACUGGCUGACAGAGAGUGCCAAGCUCAUUGCCCAGUCAGGCCAGACGGUGGAGUGGGUCACACCGCUGGGUCUCCCCAUCGUGCAGCCCUACUACCGCUCCAGGCCCACUGUGCUGAACUGCAGCAUGCAGCACCUGAGUGUGAAAAGCACCCACAGCAACCAGAAGCCUGACACGGUGAAGCAGAAGAACGCCUUCCCACCCAACUUCAUCCACUCCCUGGACUCCACACACAUGAUGCUCACAGCUCUGCACUGCCUCAGGCUGGGCCUGACCUUCGUCUCGGUCCAUGAUUGCUACUGGACUCACGCAGUCACCGUGGACGUGAUGAACCAGGUUUGUCGGCAGCAGUUUGUGGCUCUACACAGCGAGAAGAUCCUGCAGGAUCUGUCUGAGUUCAUGCUGGAGAAGUACUGCAGCCCUGGUGGAGAGACCACAGCCCCCUGGCAGAAGAAACUGAUGGAGCAGCUGUCGAAUGUCCCCAAGACAGGUGAAUUCAACCUGGAGAACGUGAUGGAUUCCACCUAUUUCUUCAGCUGAGCCCCAGCAGCCAGCGGGGCCCUGCUCUGCCCGGGCUGCCUCAGAGGCUGCGGUAGGCACUGGCCCCCAGGGCUCCUCUGUCCUGCAUCUCAUGGGGAAUGUGGGUCCAGCUGC